GGACAGCACAAGACAUGGAGCAUUCAUCACAUUGGCCAGUUUGCUUACAACGCCACCAAUUCCUUCGUACAACAUUUUAUUUUAUUUUAUUUUAUUUUAUUUUUUAAAAGACAGCCUUCUUAAACCUUAUAGCGAUAAAGAUGUGCUUGUCCCCCUAUCACUCAAUUAGCCAAACUCAAGGUUUCCUCAUUGACCUCACCAUUCUCGUAUGACUCUUGUUUGUUUCUCUUUCUCGUUCUUCUCUCUCUCUGUUUUCAAUUGUAUAGGCGCUUUAGACGUCAUUUUAUUUCCAAAUGGAGCGCAUGGGUUCCACUGGGACACUGAAGCGACCAAACAGUGUCCAUGCCACGGCGAGCACGGCUUCACUAUUGCCUGUUGGCAACAUGAGCUCCACAUCCUUAAAUCUCCCUGACGACAGUUUUUCAAAUAAUCCAGAGGAUUAUGACAUCCGUUCACCCAUUGGCUAUGGAUCGUCAGCAAUUGUGUAUAUUGCCUAUUAUAAGCCCUUGAAUAAAAGGGUUGCGAUCAAAGUCAUUGACCUUGAUAUGUUUGAACGGAACCAGAUUGACGAGCUUCGGAGGGAGACUCAGGUUAUGGCAUUAUGUAAACACGCCAAUGUGUUGCGUGUUAACGGAGCUUUUGUGACGGAUAGCAAGUUGUAUAUUAUUACUCCAUACCUCUCUGCAGGAUCAUGCCUAGAUAUUAUGAAGAUAGCUUAUCCUGAUGGAUUCGAGGAAGUCUGUAUUGCUACAAUUUUAAAGCAAGCACUACAAGGACUGGAUUACCUUCAUAAAAAUGGUCAUAUCCACAGAGACGUUAAGGCCGGCAAUUUACUAAUGGAUGAUGAUGGAUCAGUUUUAUUGGCGGACUUUGGUGUUUCAUCGUCACUGAUGGAGACAGGGGACAGACGAGGCAUGCGAAAAACAUUUGUCGGCACUCCUUGCUGGAUGGCACCCGAAGUAAUGGAACAGGCGGGUUACGACUAUAAGGCGGAUAUUUGGAGCUUUGGUAUCACAGCCAUUGAAUUGGCUACAGGACAUGCUCCGUUUGCAAAGUAUCCACCCAUCAAGGUCCUAAUGCUUACUCUCUCAAAUGAUCCCCCUACGCUUGAUCGCGAGUCUACUAAGCAUCGAUACUCAAAAGUAUUUAAAGAGAUGAUUGACAGUUGCCUGCAGAAGGACCCAACAAGGCGACCUUCAGCCGAGAAACUUUUGAGCCAUUCAUUUUUCAAACAGGCUAAAAAGAAGUCAUAUCUCGUUACGGCUUUACUGCACAAUCUUCCGCCUCUCGAGCAAAGAUCCCCUAGAAAGCCGGAGAAAAAGCCCGUCGUACCAGAGAAAGGCAUUUCAUGGAACUUUGAUGAUAACGAUACUGAUACCAAUCCUAUCCAAGAUUCCACUGAGGAUGACUUUGCACGCCGUCCAAAGACUGUCACGUUUGAAACUUUGGCUAGCCGCCCAAUAUCAGUGGUGACAACAGGAUCAACGCCUUCCAUUGAAACACCUGCAGUAGCUGCGAUAGAAAAUAAGACUGCUGAUCCCUUGCUGGAGGAGGCGCCUUCAUCUCAAACCAGCGCUCCGCCAUCAAGCAAUGCUAGCGAUAAACCAGUUAAAAAAUCUAGAUUUGUUGUAGAAGAUACGUCAAUAGCAUCAUCUCCUGCAAUUCCUCAUGCGACAGACGUUCCACCAUCACCUCGGAUCUCCGGCCCUCCAACCCCAAUUGCACCUGUGCCUCAAAUAGGACACAGUCUGCAGGGCCUUGGUGUUUCCCAUGGCGUUAUUGAACAAGGGACUCCGUUGGAAGUGAAGAAGGGACGAUUUAGCGUCAAAGAUACAUCUUCUGGCACAGUGUCGCCACUGCCGUCAAGCAUCAAGACUACGCCAAAUGAGAGCCUCUCGCUUCCUUCUCGUAGCCAGACCUCCUCGCCUGUAGAAGGUGCUCAUGAUGGUGUCCGUAUUGGGGCCCCAUUAGAGCCAACAACACCUUUAGAACGCAAGUCUCGUUUUGAGGUCAAUCAUACUCACAGUGCCCCUGCAUUAAGCACGCUGACAUCAACCAACGGAACAUACACAAAUUCGCCGGCACCAUCAGUAAUUCAUGGCACACCUCUGUCAAGGGAGCCCUCACAAUCAAAAGUUGCAAGCGACACUGGAUUGACAAGAGACAACUCUGCGGCACGUAUCUCUCGAUUCAGUGUCGAGCCAACAUCUACUCAUUCAGAAAAUUCAGUGGGACAUAUAGCUGCUGCAGGUGUAUUAACAGGAACAGGGACGCCAACCCCCUUAAACGGACAAGCAGGCGCUCAAAGUAAACGGAGUCGUUUCCAUGUAACAAAUGUUGAAGGCAGCCGCCCUGCAGGAGAACAAGUUGAUGUAGCAGGAUCAGUGCAUUCUACACCCACGACCUCACCAACAGGAUCGUUGCUGCGCGGCCAACCCGCAUUGCUAGAUGCUCCAGGCGCUCAGGCGAUGUACGGACAUCUUGAUUCACUAUAUCGGCAGAAUGAACAACAACGUAUAAUCCUUACAGAGAUGUUUGCAGGAUUCGGUUUGAAGCCUGGAUCAUUAUCCAGUAGCAAAGCUCCACAUCAUGAGCCGAGCACCAGUGGAUCGGUACACAGACAGGAUUUUGGCUCUGCCCCAAUACCAGUGGAUCGACAGCUUCAUUUAGCGAUGAGAGAGAAUGAGAGUCUACGAAGAGAAAAUGAAGCUUUGAAGCGCGAGCUAGAUCGUUUGCGCCGUGGAGGCUAAUUUGAAUGUAAAUAUAAUUUUCGUUGGGACCAAAUCAUUACAUUACUCGUUGCAUAUUGCAUAGACUAGCU